AUGGAAGUCCCCACCAAGACCUUCACCCGCGUCGAGGUCGCCAAGAACAACACCGAGGACACGGUGCAAUUCAUCAUCGACGCCGUCGUCUACGAUGUCUCGGACUUCCUCGACGCUCACCCCGGCGGCGAGGCCGUCCUCCGCCAGGUCGCCGGCCAGGAUGCCACAGUAGCCUUCUACAACCUGCAUCGCCACGAGGUGCUCGUCAAGUACGCCGACCUGGCCGUCGGCACCAUCCAGGGCGAGAAGCAGUCCAUCAUUGCGCCCCAGCCCGGCGACCUCUCAACCGUCCCCUAUGCGGAGCCGCUCUGGCUUACCCCCCAGUUCAAGUCCCCAUACUUCAAUGACAGCCACCGCCGGCUGCAGAAGGCUAUGCGCGUCUUCACCGAGAACGAGAUCGCCCCCGAGGCCCUCGAGAAGGAGCGUACCGGCGAGUACGUUAGCCAGGAGCUGAUCAACAAGAUGUCGGCCGCCGGCGUGCUGCACAUGCGCAUGGGCCCCGGCAAGCACCUCCAUGGGGUCAAUCUGCUCGGAGGCGCCGUCGAUGGCAAGGAUUUCGACUAUUUCCACGACAUGAUCAUGUCGCAAGAGCAGGUGCGCGUCGCCUGCCGCGGCUUCCAGGACGGCAACAUGGCCGGCAUGGUCAUCGGGUUGACGUGCAUCCUCAAUUUCUGCAAGAACCCAGAGAUGAAGAAGCGCGUCUCGGACGAGGUGUUCAGCGGCAAGAAGAAGAUCUGCCUCGCCAUCACCGAGGCCUUUGCCGGCUCCGAUGUGGCCGGCCUGCGGACCACGGCCGUCAAGACCGCCGACGGCAAGCACUACAUUGUCAACGGCACCAAGAAGUGGAUCACCAACGGAGUCUUCUGCGACUACUUCGUCACCGGCGUCAAGACGGCAAAAGGCCUCAGUGUUCUCCUCAUACCGCGGGGUGAGGGCGUCGAGACGAAGCCCAUCAAGACUUCGUACUCCCCGUCGGCCGGCACCACCUACAUCACCUUUGACAACGUCAAGGUCCCGGUCGAGAACCUGCUCGGCGAGGAGAAUAAGGGAAUCUAUGUCAUCCUUUCCAACUUCAACCACGAGCGGUGGACCAUGGCUUGCGCCACCAUCCGGUACAUGAGGCUUGUAGUCGAAGAGUCCCUCAAGUGGGCGCACCAGAGGCUAGUGUUCAACAAGCGGCUGAUCGACCAGCCCGUGAUCCGGCAGAAGCUGGCCAAGAUGAUUGCGCUGUGCGAGUCUCACCAAUCUUGGCUCGAGACAAUCACAUACCAAAUGUGCCAGAUGCCGUACGCGCAGCAGGCCAAGCACCUGGGCGGGCCGAUCGCGCUGCUCAAGAUGAGCUGCACGCGCGCCGCGCACGACAUUGCCGACGACGCCGUGCAGAUCUGGGGCGGCCGCGGUCUCACGCAGACGGGCAUGGGCCGCGUCAUCGAGAACUUUCAGCGCACGUACAAGUUCGACGCCAUCCUGGGAGGCGCCGAGGAGGUCCUGGCCGACCUCGGCGUCCGCCAAGCCAUGAAGAACAUGCCCAAGGCCGUGUUGUGA